AUGGACUCUCUUCUCGCAGAUUGUCCCUCACAGCUUCGUAGAUCGUCAACCAUACGAAGUUGGCUCUGGUCGUUGUGGCUGCACUCUCCGCAAUGUCUUCGCUCGGCCGUUUACUGCUUCCUUGUACGGCGCUUUGGCACUCGCUCUAACGGUAAACCCUUCCGGCUUCCCUUUGGUAUCUACAUCAAAUUCGGUCUCACUCCCGACGAACCACUUCCCAUGGACUUCGUCCGCAAGAACACACAUAUACCCGUGCCAGAAAUUCUCGAUAUGCUCCCAACAACGGUCGACAUAAAGCCCCCUGGUCGAGGCUACACGAGUAUAUCAGUCGAGCAGAACUCCGAGGGUCAACCUGUAUGGUGGAUCUUCGUGAUGACGACCAUUCCCGGUCGGCCUCUCUUCCAACAAGGACUAGGAUCGAGACUCGUAACGGCGACCGAAGAGCAGAGGAUGUUGGUCCAAGAUACAGUUGGGUCUUGGGUGGAUCAGCUCCACGCCAUCCAUCCGCCUCCCGAUUUCCCCUCGCAGCGAAUCUCGGGCUUUCUGGGCGGGCCCUUCCAGAGUUACCGGAUUGACACCCCAGGUGUCGUUGGGCCCUUCGAGAGUCCAGCUCAGUUCCACGCCCAGGACUUCUGUACGGUCUGGCCAGAUCGAGUGGAGAAAGCUGACGAAUACAUUCGCCGCUUCAUUGCUGAACGACCGCAGAGGCACUAUCAAGUCUGCCUCACUCACGGCGACUUACUUCUUCACAAUAUCAUUGCGGACGAAGAAUGCCGACCUACCGGGCUUAUUGACUGGGAGACUGCUGGAUGGAUGCCCGAAUACUGGGAAACCGCAUCGUCGAGUCGAUCAGUGUAUUCGCGGGUGUAUAUAUGGAAGGACAUUUUGCGUGAAGCAUUUCCUCGCUACGACGACGAUAUAGCUGUAGAGCGCCUCAUACAGCUUGACUACGUAUUUUAG